AUGUCUGAGUACACGCUCCAAAACGAAUCGAAGCGAAUCUUCGACGUCAUUGUUGGCGACGAACGCCUGAACAUACCGGACGAGGUUAAAGAUUUAGCCCAUACUGUCAAGUUUGCCGGAGAUGAGACACAACCGUUCUUUCCCGUCCCAUACAAGUGCGCAGAAGCGCAAUCUAGCGUCAUCGGAGUCGUGGGGUUGUUUGCCAAUGCCAUUGGAAAAGCCCGAUAUGGCAUCGUACAGGAAGUUGAGGUCGACGUUGACCAUGCGAUGCUAGCCGGCCUCGCCGCCUGUUUUCUGCGCCAUAACGGCGCAUGGCUGGCAAGUAGCAAGGUCCAAAACGAAGUUAUCCAGCGCUGGGACCAUGGCCAGACAAGGGAAAUGUAUCGGCAGCUGGGCACCAAUAUCUAUCAAACAAAGGAUGGUCGUUGGUUUCACACGCAUGGAAGCAUGAACCCAACACCACUGCUCAAGAUGCUGGGUCUGCCACAGCAUGACGAGCAAAACAGGGAUUUCAAGGGAAUUAUUGAGAUGUACAUUGACGAAGUAAAGAAGUACGGCUCUGAGAUCCUGGAUAAUCGCAGCAGCAACGUCUACAGAAUUCCCGGUACCAUUUGCUACGAAGAACAGGAAUUCCUGAAUCUUCCCCAUGGCAAAGCUGUCCGGGACGAGCCGUACUACACACUCAGCAAGGAAGAAUACUACACGCAACCUCCCGUGGCAUGGCCGGAAGUCAACACCGACGACCAAAGACCCUUGACAGGAAUCAAGAUCUUGGAUCUAUCGAGGGCAAUCGCGGCACCAACAAUUGGAAAGGUUUGUGCCGCCUUGGGCGCAACCGUCAUCAGAGUCGGUUCCGAAACAAUUUCCGAAUUCCCCAUGACUCUAAUUGAUGGAUGCACGGGCAAGAUCUGCGUCGAUAUCAACCUCAAAACCUUCGAAGGGUGUCUGAAGCUUAUGGAACUGAUCAAGGAUGCGGAUAUCUUCAUUGACGGCUAUCGGCCAGCCGUUAUGGAACAUCUAGGAUUCGGCCGAGAUUCUGUUCUUGGUCUCUGUGCCAAACAUUGCCGAUUGCGUCAGACUCUCCUCUUCCUCUACCUGCUACUGUUAAACCACGAACUAACUCCCCUCAAGGUUUCCGGGAUUGCCCUUGGAAUCGGACGCUUCCAUGGCUUUGACGAGGCGCAGAUAUUUCCUGGGCCCAAUGCCGAUUACUUGACCGGUCAUGCGGGAGUAAUUGGCGUUCUCCAUGCUCUUAUCCAACGAAAUAAGCUCGGCGGCUCCUAUGUUGUAAAGUGCUCGUUAGUAACUUCUAACAUGCAGCUCCUCAGCUACGGUCGCUACACUGAAGAACAGCUUGAGCAUUUGAAAAGGAGGAAUCCCAAAACCUACGGACAGAUCCGCCAUUACGAUGAGAUUUUGUCUCAGGCAAGGAUGGGAUAUACGCACAAUGCUUUCAUCGCUGACAGGACGGAGGUAUGCCUGAAGAAGGAAUUCUAUGAGGUUGUUGAUGGUUCUGCCUGGGGCCUGGGGCCUAUUGAACUCGUUUCUGUGCCACUAAAAAUGAGCAAGACGCGGACCGAUUUCAAGCUUGGUGUUCACCCUCCAGGCUACCACUUGCCUCAAUGGACCAUGGAAGAGAAUGCCGACUUCAAGCGCCUUCCAAAAGUUGACAGCUCAGGAUAG